GUCUGUCAAAAACGUCAAAGCUCCAUUUUCAUUAUCAUAAUACGCAUCGUAGUCGUAAAUAAAUAACAGUGAGCUCGUCCAAGUGAAUUAAAUUAAAAUAAAUCGCAAUGGAAGGUGAAAAAUCAUCCACUGAGAAAUUAAAGGAUCGUAUGGAACGAUUGAAAAAAUUACAUUUGGCCAGAAAUGAAGCGCGUCAACACAAUCACCAAGAAGUUGUGGAAGAGGAUGCUCGAAACAAAUUGCCAGCAAAUUGGGAAACACGUAAAAGACAGGCCGAUUGGUUGAUUGCAGACGAGAAAGCCCGAAAAGAAGCAGCAGAAAAAGGUCUGAAUUAUGACCGCGUGAAAUUGUUGCAUGUGUCCGCCGUGGAAGCCAGUAAUUUCGAGAAGAAAAAGAAGAAGAAAAAUCCGGAUGUUGGAUUUUCGGACUAUGAGGCACAAACAGCCAGGCAGUAUAACAGGCUGGUGAAACAGAUGCCCGCACGGGACAUGGUCAAAUAUGAACAACAGCGACAAGCGUUUGGAGAGGCGUUUUACGGAGGAGCACACACAAUUCAACAAGGACUCCAUAAGGACGAUCCCAAGGCAAUCGAUAAUAUGGUCAAGGAUCUAGAAAAUCAAAUAUCGAAACGCAAGAGUUUCUCGAGACGUCGAACGCACAACGAUGAUGCGGACAUCGAUUACAUUAAUGAGAAGAAUCAACGUUUCAACAAGAAACUGGAACGAUUCUAUGGCGAACACACGGUUGAAAUUAAACAGAAUUUGGAACGAGGUACGGCCAUAUAGACCGUGUGCAAUAAGUUAAAUGAAAUCAAUAAAAUAUGGAAAGCAAACAAAGGCAAACAACUUCUUUUCUGUAACAAAAACU